CUUUGCGGCAGCAAUAUGAGGUAGGCCCGGAUCCUGCUAUACACCGACCGGCGCGAGCGGUUGCAAGUACCUGGCGGUGGUUGCGUUGGUGACAUGGCUCAGAAGUUUAUUUCUUUAAACUUUUAGGGUUUUUUUUUUCUUUUUAGUCUUCAGAAAGCAACACUAGUUUUUUUGACGUCACUGUUACAAGUAUAAGACUCUUUUACUCCCCGAGAGUCCCCUUUUCCUUUCUUGGGUCUCUUCCUUUCUCUUUAUUCUUAUCCCGGUCAGACUCGCCCCUCCUCCAAGACAUCUCUCCGUUUUAUUUUAUUUGACUUUAGUUCUCGUUGAGUGAUCGCUCCUUCCUUCUUCAGCGGAUCCCUCCCCGCCUCCAUCCUCGUCCUGUGGGAGAGACCAGCCUUCUGGUGUUGCAGUCAGGAAUGGAGCUUGACAGCGCCCUGGAAGCCCCGUCGCGGGAAGAGUCUUCUUUGUCCGGGGAGUUGUCUCCCUCCGCCCUUGGACAGGCCUUCUCCAAGAUUUUACACAGUCUUACCUGCCCGGAGGCACGACGAGGCAACGUAAAAGAUGUAGCUCUUAAAGACCUCGGUGAUCUAAUAGAAGCCACCGAAUGUGAUAGGUUAUUUGAGGGGAGUGGUGCAUGGCUCCGCGGAAUGCCGGAAACACUGGGGCAGGUGGCAAAAGCCGUGGAGAAGUAUGCAGCCCCCCGCAAAGAGGAGGAAGGUGGAGGUGAUGGGCGCUCUGAAGUGGCCGAGAAAGCAGCCAAAGUUGGGUUACUGUUUCUUAAGCUGUUGGGGAAAGUUGAGACUGCUAAGAAUUCCCUGGUCGGCCCUGCAUGGCAGACGGGCCUGCAUCAGUUGGCAGGACCGGUUUAUAUUUUUGCCAUCACACACAGCUUGGAGCAACCGUGGACCACUCCGAGAUCUCGGGAGGUUGCUAGGGAGGUGCUCACCUUACUGCUUCAAGUUACUGAAUGCAGUUCUGUGGCAGGGUUCUUACGUGGAGAAAAUGAAGAUGAGAAAGGGAGUCUUUCGGUGAUAUUAGGGCUUCUCAAACCCGACUUGAAUAAGGAAUCCUGGAAGAAUAACCCUGCCAUCAAACAUGUUUUCUCAUGGACUCUGCAACAGGUCACUCGGCCCUGGCUGAGCCAGCAUCUGGAAAGGGUACUUCCUGCAUCAUUGCUCAUUUCAGAUGAUUAUCAGACUGAGAACAAAAUCCUGGGUGUACACUGUCUCCAUCACAUUGUGCUUAAUGUGCCAGCUGCUGAUUUACUCCAGUAUAACAGAGCCCAGGUCCUGUACCAUGCUGUUUUCAACCACCUGUACACGCCAGAGCACCACCUCAUUCAGGCUGUGCUCCUGUGUCUGCUGGAUUUGUUCCCCAUCCUGGAGAAAACGCUGCACUGGAAAGGAGAUGGAGCUCGACCUACCACCCAUUGUGAUGAGGUCCUGCAGCUGAUCCUGACCCACAUGGAGCCAGAGCACCGCCUUCUCUUACGCAGGACCUAUGCAAGAAACCUGCCGGCUUUUGUGAAGAGGUUGGGGAUCUUAACUGUUCGGCACUUGAAGCGGCUGGAGAGAGUCAUCAUUGGUUAUCUGGAGGUUUAUGAUGGACCUGAGGAGGAAGCUAGACUGAAGAUAUUGGAAACCCUAAAACUUCUCAUGCAACAUACUUGGCCCAGAGUUUCCUGCAGACUUGUGGUCUUACUGAAGGCUCUCCUGAAACUGAUUUGUGAUGUAGCAAGGGAUCCAAACCUUACACCUGAGUCUGUUAAGAGUGCCCUGCUACAGGAGGCCACAGACUGCCUGAUUCUCCUGGACUGCUGCUCUCAAGGACGGGUAAAGAAAUCUUUAGUUGAAAGACUGAAGGUAGCAUGAAAAGAAAUUCAUGCCAUAACUCACUGGACAAUCUACCCAGCAGGAAAAAAAAGAAGAAAUUCAUAUCCUAAAAAUAUGUAGAGAUGGUAUGAAUUGUUAUUUUACCAGUUUAUUCAAACUAUUUCAUCUUCACUCUUUAAUCUUUGGUGUUUUCAAGCCCUAGAUCCAACUUAAAUUUGCCUUGGCUGGAAUUCUGCUGUUUCAUGAGCCAGCAGGAGAUUUGCAAGCACAUUAAUACAGUUUUUAAAGUAACACCUUCAAUACAUAAGAGCUACAUAAAUUUUAAAAUAAUAAUAAAAAACUAACCAAUACCUAUGCUGUUUAGUGACCUGUCCCCAAGUGUCAUCCAUUCUUUCCUCCUUUGAAUAUGAUACCAAGGAAGAAGAAUCAAGCAAAAGGGGAAAAAAGUGAUUAAAAAAAAAAUCAAAGCCUGUUUGGUUUCAUGUUUCAGGGUCUCCUGGCCAAAAUUCCCCAAAGCUGUGAAGACAGAAAGGUGGUGAACUGUAUCAGAAAAGUGCAGCAGGUUUCUGAAGGCGCUCCCUACGAUGGAACUUAAGACUUGCAUUACUUUCCCAAGAGGAAAGGAUUUUUUUCCCAUCCCAAUUUGUAUGAAUGGAGUUAUUUAAGAAAAAAAGAUACUUUUACACGAAA